AUGAUGCUAUGGAAGCACACAUGCGAUGUAUGUCACCGUAGCGUGUGCGACGACUGCGCCCCUCGCAGCACCAAGAGCGCUGGAGCCAAGGGCGAAAUAACAAAUUUGCGGGUGUGCAAGACCUGUGGCACCACAGGCCACCGCCUCGGCAAGGCGGUUAAUGACAACUCCGCUACCGAUGGUACGCAGGGCACAGGCGCUGCUCGCCCCGACCCGAAUAGUGAGACUGAGCGAGAGCUUCGUGUGCGCCUCAUCGAAGAGCGCAACAAGGCACAGCAACUGCGUGGAUGCCCUCAACUUGCGCGCAGCGCAAGCGGCUCCAGAGCCACGGUUGCUGGUGAGAAACCUGCUUCGCCCGCUCCGGCUCCCUCAUCUCCCGCACCAGCCCUGUCAAGGACGUCAGUCUCAUCUCCGGCUGCUCUGUCAUCACCACUGCAAAACUCUGAAAACCCAGAGCAUCCGGCCAGCCCUGCCCUAGAGGCGGCGAUGAGACGCCAGCUGCAGCAACAACAAGCGCGUGGUUGCGCUGCGGCAUCGUCACUGGCGGCCAAGAUGUCUCCAGAGAAGAAGCGGCUCCUUUUCGAGAUUGAGACGCUCCUAGAGAAGCAUCGCGAGGAUCCGCCGUUUGGCUUGCGAGCGUCGGAUGAAACGAAGCUGCGAGGAUACCUUCAGUUCCUCAAGACGAAGUAUCAUUCGAACUAG